AUGGAAUUACUUAAAGACUACGACUGCAUUAUUCGAUAUCAUCCUGGUAAGGCGAAUGCUGUAAUUGAUGCCCUAAGCAGAAAGUCUAUGGGUAGCUUAGCACAUGUGAUUGCUAUAAGGAGACCUUUUAUGCAAGAAAUUCACACACUUGAGCAAGAUGGAGUGGAAUUAGAAAUUGAUGAAAAGGGGGUAUUUUUGGCACACAUGCAAGACCGUUCUUCUUUAAUCGAUCAAAUUAAAGCUACUCAAAAUUCAGAUCCAAAACUUGCUCAAAGUAGACAAAAGUCUUAUGUAGAUUGUCAUCAUAGAGAGUUAAAAUUUAUGGUGGGAGACAAAGUUGUCUUGAAAAUAUCACCUAUAAAAGGUAUUAUAAGGUUUAGGAACAAAGGUAAACUUAGCCCGAGGUACAUUGGUCCAUUUAAAAUACUGGAAAGAGUAGGUGUUGUUGCUUAUUGUCUUGCAUUGCCUCCAGAGUUGGUUGGCAUUCAUCCCGUGUUUCAUGUAUCAAUGCUACGGAAAUAUUUGUAUGAUCCUUCUCAUGUGGUUGAAACUCAAAAAGUCCAAAUAAAUGAAGACCUAACCUAUGAGGAAGUUCCAGUAGCCAUUCUUGAUAGGCAAAUAAAGAAACUAAGAUUAAAGGAGAUUGCUUCUGUGAAAGUAUUAUGGCGUAAUCAUUCUAUCAAAGAAGCCACUUGGGAAAUUGAGACUGAAAUACGAGACAAGUAUCCACAUUUAUUCUAA